UUUCAUUUUUGGACAAUUGACAAUACUCCCUGUGGUUUUACUGAAGAUCUUCUUGGAAAACAGCAUGACUUUUGGAAGUUAUGGUCUACGGAUCAAGUGGUCGAGGCGUUUUCAGGUGUCAGAUGAAUGCCUUAGUUCAGCCUUUUAUAGAGAUUUGAUAUUCCAGAAGUUAUUUGUCACGUCUUUCCAAGUCCCCAAAAUAAAUGUCUUGGUCUCUGGCAAAGGGGAGGGUCGAGUCAAGUGCAAGGCUCAGUUUUGGUUGUGACAAGCUGUCAUAUCAACGUGCAUGCUGCUCCUGUUGCUGUUACUCUCUCUGGGGGCUGAGGGCUCAGUGACUCCCCCCACCAGCACAGUGAAUAUCCACUCUGAAUGGACCCUCCAGUUACCUGCCAGUCAUUUGGACUUACACACGGCAUGAUCAGGAACCAAUGCACGGAGUAAAACCGUUGGACUAACACAAUUCAGAUUGAGAAAUCAUUUCCUGAUGUAUUUGGAAAACUCCGAUCAAAGUAAGGUCCCUGGGGAGGGGGAGCCGUCUACUCGGGCCAUGAUUGCGGAACAAUGCCAGGUUCCAAAAUUAACAGAGGCUGCAGAUUUAACUAGCCCCCCAAAGGGAAGUACUGAACUUGGCAUGGAGGUCCUUGUGGAAUAUACUGAGCAGACUGUUAUCAGCAAAGAAAUUGACCCUUCUAUCCUUUGCUUAGAACAUUGCAACACGGACAGAGAUGAGACUGAAACCUAUUGCAACGGACACUCUGAGGGAUUUGAGCAAUACCCAGACCGAUUUUUUGAAUCCCACCAGGUCCUUGAUCAGUGUGAGACUUCGGGGUUAAGCCAAUCAUUUGACGACUUUGAGUGUUUUAAACCUCUCAAGUCCUCUGAGCACUGUGAUAAUCAUAGCUUAGCUUCCAAGUGUACUUCUUGCUGUGAACACUGUGCAGAACACCUCCAAUUAUUUCAGCAAUGCAAACCCUCUGACCAACAGUUGGAGGCUUUUGACUUUGAGCCAGAUACAUUGGCAGUGAACUGUGACAGUUUGGAGCAGUGUGAAAUGUCUGAUUUCACACCUGAAUGCACAGACCACCUGGAGUUCCUUCAACAAUACGAGCCCUCAGAUCAGCAGAGUGAGUGCUUUGACUCUGAGACAGGCACAUCAGCAGAGGACUCUGAGAAAUGUGAAAUGACUGGUGGUUUGACACCCGACAUCUCUGACUCCGUAGACUUAUUGGACUUUGGCACGGAACUUUGUGAGAACAAUGAAUGCGCAAAUGAUGAGGAUGAGGAGAGAUGUCCACCUAAACAAGACGACGAGCAAUAUGAAACGGAGACUAUUGAUGAUGAGUCCUCCACAUUAUCAGAGGAUUCAAAUUCCUCUGACAUUGACACACCAGUUCAUGCUUAUUUUGAUGAUUGUGAAAAUGUUGGCUUUGCAAGUGAAUGUUGUGCGGUUCAACAGCUAACUGAAGACAACUGUCUGCAGGCACUAGACAUGUCCACAGAUGACUCUGAAAUGUGUGAGACGGAUUACUCUGAAACAAAUCAACAAUAUGCUUCCUCAAUGCAGUGUACUGAUCAGUUUGGCACCGAAGAUGAUUCUUUAGAUUGCUCUUCUAUUGAAGCCAAAUCCUUCAAGACUUGUCCAGAUUACAGCAUUCCGUCAAAUCAAUGCUCCGAUUUAUCUGAGGAAUCCGAAAAAGAACCUCAGGAAGACGAUAGAAACGAUGAAGACGAAGGAAGUGAUGAGCAAACACAGUGGGAAUCCUUUGAAGAUGAUGAAGAAAUGGAUCAGAUAAAUAUGAAUGAAAUUAAUGAAGAUAUUAAGAAAACACCCACUGCUGAUAUUGUUAUUGAGGAAUACUUCAAUCUAUUUGACAGUGGUGACUAUUACGGGCACGGGUUCGCCAAAAAACAACGUUACAUCUCGUGCUUUGAUGGCGGAGAUAUGCACGACAGCAUAGUGACAUCCGAGGCACAGAAACUUGUCAACAAGAAAUACAGAUCUAAUGAAAUCAAUGAGGAUAUUCAUGUCCAGGAAACUGAUACGUGUUUUGAUGCUUCUGACGGGCAAGAAUAUGAAGGUAGUUCUGAGAUAGAUGCAAGUCAGAGAGAUGACGUGUCUUCAGGGUCAGAGCAACAACAAGAAUACUGGAGUGUAGAAUCAGAAUCAAGUUUAGCAGGGGAUGAAAAUGAAGAAAAUUCAUUGGAAGCUGACGAUCUUUACGCAGAGAACAAUGAGGAAGAAGAGUGUGAUGAGGAUCUCUAUAAUAACGAUGAAACUGAGGCCUGCCUGUUCUCUGGUAAUGAGGAUAAUAUGAGUGCGCCAUGUUCAGAGGACAUCUCUGUGGAAGGUGAUGCUUAUGAAGAUGAAGCCUCUGUUGCUCAGAAUAAGGAAUGUGGACAUUUACAGACAGCUAUUGUUACAGAGCCUGAAGAAAUAUGUAUGGCAUGUUCAGAAAUGGAACCAUAUUGGUCACUUGUAAAUCAAGAGGAAAAUGAAGAAAUGUUUGAGUCUGAUAUUGAGGAUUAUUACGCAUUUCAGAUUCAUAGCCUACAGACAUCUGUUGAACAAGCCCUACAUGGAUUUAUUAUGGACGGAAGAUCGUCCGAUCAAAUCCUUGGGUAUGCUUCAAGGAUCGAAGGAGAUGCUCUUUUGACUGAGUUACGAGUUAACCCUGGACUUGUAAUUACUGAAGUUAUUGAACUAAGGGAGGAUUUAACAAACUGCUGUGUUGUUGAAAAAACAUCAGAUGAACAAUCCUCAGAAUCAGGUGAUGACUGUGGAUACCGGGACAUUUCAAGAGUAAUCCAGCCUACUUUAGAUCUCAUUCACAGUGUUUCACGAGUUGUGAAACAGGAUGACACACAGGUCAGAAGGACGGAGGAAAAUGAGGCCUCUGAAGAAAGCGCCGAUUUAGAAGAGGAGCAGAGUGACGAUGAAUCCUCUGAGCCUUGUGAAUGCGAGCACUGCAUUCCACCAAUAGAGGAGGUUCUAGCACAACCGCUACUCCCACGGAUGGAAUCGAAUGAUGCAGGGAAGAUCUGUGUGGUGAUUGAUUUGGAUGAAACACUAGUGCAUAGUUCAUUUAAGCCAGUGAACAAUGCUGAUUUUAUCAUUCCAGUGGAAAUUGAUGGAACAGUUCACCAGGUGUAUGUGUUAAAGAGACCCCAUGUUGACGAAUUCCUCAAGAGGAUGGGAGAAUUGUUCGAGUGCGUCUUGUUCACUGCAAGCUUAUCCAAGUACGCGGACCCUGUGUCGGACUUGCUGGAUAAGUGGGGGGCGUUCAGGUACCGUCUGUUCCGGGAGUCCUGUGUGUUCCACAAAGGGAACUACGUGAAGGACCUGAGCCGUAUAGGGAGAGACCUCAACAAGGUCAUCAUCAUCGAUAACUCCCCCGCCUCCUACGUCUUCCAUCCCGACAACGCAGUUCCCGUCGUGUCCUGGUUUGACGACAUGUCAGACACCGAGCUCCUCGAUCUGAUCCCCUUCUUUGAGAGACUUAGCAAAGUGGAAGACGUCUACGAAGUCCUCCAGCAGCAGAGUGCUUCCAGUUAACAGAGGCAGGACAGUAGGAUAAAUAUUAUCACCAGCAGCUGUCGUCAGGGGCCACGGAGGCUGGGGGGCCACCGGCUCCACGCUGCUUCCAACUACAAGGACCACACUGCAAAAAACGCCUCUCAUUUAAUCCCGUAUUCUUACAGUAUGUCGCAUAAAAAAGUGAAGGCAAUCUUCCAGCAGGGGUUUGAUACUUCUGUAUUGAAAGUACGCUAAUCCAAAGAUUCCUUCCUUUUUCCGUGAUAAAGACUGAGUAUGAGGCUGAAUGACUUGUGUAGGUGUAUUUUGCAGUGCAGCUAGUGUGUUGCUGUUGUCGUGAUGUGACAGCAGCGACAUUUUAUUGUGCUGUAGAUUUUGUGAGCAGUUGUUCAGUGCCAUUCUACAAACCAACCAUCAUUUUCAUUUCAGUAUCGCAUCUAAUAGUAUUUCAAAUAAGUCCUUGAAGACUGUUGCUUGAACCCCAAUAACUUCCUUUUUUCUUCUGCCUAAAAGGCCAAAUUUGUAUGUAGUGAAAGACAAUCGUUAACUUUAGGGAUUCUUGGUAAUUUCUUUAAAAUGUUGUGGCACAUUUCACUACAUAACAAGUUUUUAAAUGUGCUUUAAAUACUUUGCACUUCCUGUAUGUAUGUGGUGUGAUAAUGUUGGUCCAACGUUGCAAAAUGAAGCGUUGUUGACAAAAAAAACUGUAUGACUCAAUAAUCUCAGAGAAUACUCAAGUGCUUUUUUUCAUAAAUCUUUUUUUUUUUUUAUUAAUAUCCGUUUUUUGAUCUAAAAUGACAGAGUUUUAUCUCUGAAUAUAACCCCUCCCCCCAGCUCUGUACUAUUUUAUUAUUUAUUUAUUCACUUAUAGUGGCCUUAACACACAGUCAUAGUUUUCGUUUAGAAUCUUUCUCAAAAAAUAUACUACAGUGUUUGCCUUUAAAUGGUGACGAAAUGGAAUCCAUAGCCACUACAUGUUACAUGACUGAUAAGGUUUAUUUAGUCAAUUCUUAUAUUACUGGCGUCCAAUUAUUAAUGUGUAUUAACCCUUUGAUAUGUUGUCUUGAGCAUCAUACUUGAAAAAAGCAGAUUUUUGGAAAGUCCUGGAAAACCUACGAAAGCUCCCCACUCCCAAAAUGGUGAUAUUAUUUUUGUAUAUAAAGUGCAAAUAUCUGGAUUUUAGGCAAUCAUUUUAAUUCGUUUUUAAGGUUAUUUUACCUAAUGUUAUAUUAUUUUUUUCAAGUUUUUGGAAUACAGCUCCUCAGUGUGCGGCCCAUCAACAAUGCAAUCCAAUAUGUUUAGCGAGGAGAUUUAUUUGAAACUUUUUCAUGUAAGACAUAAAUAAGUUUGAUUCUUUUAGCCUUAUCGAGCUAUAAAUACAGUUUCAGAUGGAAACUUGUGUCGGACAUGUUGGAUCUGUCCUGAUUUACUUUCCCUCAGUCUGGAGCGAGUGUGUGUGGAUUUGAGUGUGGCUGCGUCAGUGUGAGUAUUUACAUUGAUUUAAGAUUUACACAAAAAAAAGACGAUUCGACAUGAAAAAAAACAUAACCUGCCUACUUUGUUACUGUAUGCAACAAGAGUAUUAACGUUGUGACUCGAGUAAAGGAGAGUUUUGAAAUUGCUGCUGAUCGUUGUUAGGAUUGACAAAAAAGGACAAGUUGAGAUAUUUUUACCUUGCAUCAAUAAAGCAUGUUUUAUUGAAACAGG